UGUCGUCAACGCCAACCUUCGACUCGCUUGAGCAUUUGUUACUGCAGCGCUAUUUGACGGUCGAAUGUCAUCGAGAGAGAAUGAGCGUUCAGUUGGAUUUCAAUAGGAAAAGGCAUUCAGAAAUGACCGAAACAUUGAGCGAAAUGAUUUGGAGGGGUCGGAUUUGUAUCGGUGAUGACAAAUCUGGUGAAUGCUGCUCACAGAUGAUCCGCAAGCAAGGUGACCAACGCCAUGUUAUAUCGGUUGGCUACAGCAAAUGCGGCAUUGAGAAGACGUUCUUUGAGACGGGUUUUGAUUUUAUCGUUAAUAUACAUUUCCGUGACAAUUCGAACCGUCAUGAGGAAUUCCGAGCGAAAUGUGCAGUACCGUUCAUGGAGUCGCAUGUAAAGGCAAAAAUGAUAGCGUCAAAACAGAACAUCGAAUUGUCAACGAUAAAUUUUGCAUCGUUGAAUCAGGACAAAUCGAAAGACGACGACGAUGUUCUGGGCAUACGUCUCGGAUCAAAUCUGCAUAUCGCUAUUGAGCCAACUGUUGAGGGCAUGCAAACGAGUAAGACUUUUCCACGAUCUUGCAGCUUGUAUCCCUCAACGGAUCAUCCACUUACUUGCUGCUGCAAACAUUGUUGCAGUGUAGAAGUAAUGAAGGUAGAAAUCACGUUCAAUCCGUCCUCUGGUCAAAUUGAAAAGUUUCGAAGAAAGAGAUGA